UCCAGCUCUGCUCAUCACCUUCACGUCAGCUCAGCUCCAUAUCUCACCAUGUCGGUCUCUGUCAGACGUCAGAGCAGCUACAGCUCCAGCAGCAUCUCCAGUGGCAGCGCUAUCAGCCUGAGCAGGGGGGUGCAGCUGGUCGGAGGCGGCCAGACCCUCAUCUCCACCGGGUCCUUGCAGAGGCGCGCGCCCAGCGUGUACGGGGGCGCGGGAGGUUACGGGACCCGCAUCUCCCAGUCAGCCUUCUCCUCCUCCGGGUCGCUGACCCCGUACAGCGAGUCUGCAGUGAUCAACAACGAGAAGGUGACCAUGCAGAACCUCAACGACCGCCUGUCAUCCUACCUGGACAAGGUGCGCUCACUGGAGUCAGCCAAUAGGAAGCUGGAGCUGCAGAUCCGAGAGUUCUAUGAGAAGAAAGCUCCUUCUGUUUCCAGUGACUUCACCAGCUACUUCGCCACCAUCACUGAACUCCGAGCUCAGAUCAUGAGGAAAUGCUUAGACAAUCAACGUAUCAUCCUGCAGCUUGACAAUGCGCAACUGGCUGCAGAUGACUUUAAAAUAAAGUAUGAGACGGAGCUGAACAUGCAUAUGAUGGUGGAGGCCGACGUGUUACGUCUCCGAGGGGUCCGAGACAGCCUGACUCUCAACAUCAGUGACCUGGAGGUGCAGCUAGAAGGUCUGAAAGAGGAGCUGGUCUACAUGAAGACCAGCCACGAGGAAGAGAAGCGCCAGCUGAAAAUCCAGCAGACUGGCAUGGUUAACGUAGAGGUGGACAGCACAAAGUCUGUUGAUCUGACAUUGGUCCUGCAGGAGAUAAGGGAGCAGUAUGAAGCUGUGGUGCUGAAGAAUAAGCAGGAGCUUGAGAAAUGGUUCCAAUCUAAGGUGGAGCUUCUCAAUACUCAAAUCACAACAUGUACAACAGAGGUGAAGACGUUUUACACGCAGCUGUCAGAGCUGAAGAGGACCCUCCAGACUUUGGAGAUAAGUCGGCAAAGCGUCCUCACAGAGAUUCAGUGCUUGCAGCAGAAUAAGGAAGAAGUGAACAGUCGAUACAGCAUGCAGCUCAGCCAGCGGCAGCUCACCAUCAACACGCUGGAGAUAGAGCUGCAGCAGCUGAGAGUCUCUCUGGAGCAGCAGCAAGCCGACUACAACCUGCUGCUGGACAUCAAGAUGAGGCUGGAACUGGAGAUCGCUGAGUACAGGAGGCUGCUGGAGGGGGAGAGCUAUGAACAAAAAAAGGCUGUGGUCAUCAGCAAGGUUGUGGAAGUGCAAGUGGAAGAGCAUAAACCCCACAUCGAGAGGAGAGUGAAGACCAUCGUGGAGGAGAUUGUUGAUGGGAAGGUGGUGUCCUCCAGUGUUGACACCCAGGUGGAGGACAUUCAGUAACACCUCUGCUUUAUUUACUAGCUAAAUCAUAUAAUACCUGCUUAAUGAAUAAUUUACUAAAGUCAGUGUUUAACUUGUAAUUUAAAUUGACCUAUGAACAAGGAAGUAACAAAAUUCAUUAGUAAUAAUGGAGGAGAUGAAAAUGCAACUGAACAAAAAAUUUGAUAAAUUAUCAAAAGUGAUUUGAUUCAAACGGCCGUGGUAUAUUGAGAACAGAGCCAUGUUUCAUACUUUCCCCCCGUAUUACAUUCAUCAUUCAUCGUUCACAACACAAAUAUGCCAUUCACCAUUUAAGGAACUUGGCCUCAAUAAGACUGGAAGUAACAAACAGUAAUUGAAAAAAAGUGAUACAUUGCCAGUUGAUUUGAUGAACUUGAUUGCCAGCUGAUUAUAAGAGAAACACUGUUUCAGCCUGUUCAUGUUGUGAAUGAUGAAUGAUGAAUGUAAGACGGGGAAAAUUAUGAAACAUGGCUCCGUUCAUGACCGUUUUAAUCAAAUCAGCUUUAAAUGAAUUCAAACACUUUAAAGUUUUCAAUUCACAUGCAUUUUUACUGCUCUGUUUUUUUUAAUUCACAUGCAUUAUCAUCACCUCCAUUUUAUUAAUUCAUUUUUGUUACGUCCACCCCUCAUAUGUACCACGAUAGUUCCCACACAAAUCACAUAUAUAAUCAAAAAGCACUUAAGGGUUUUAAGUAGGUUACUUUGGCAUUUUCUUUCUUUUCUUUCGAUUGCAAUUAUAUAUAGCAAGGUUGCAGCAAGUGAUGAUUUUUCCCUGAUAGAUGCUCGGUCUGAUAAGUGUGAGACCAAAAUAUGAAUAAAAAACCAGAUUGCA